ACGCUGCCACUGAAAUGUUUCCAUGAAGAAGAAAGGGCUCGGACGACAGAGGAAAAAAUCAGAGGAAACUUAUCCUGUUUACAACAACAAAAUGGAACUAAAACGGCCAAACCUCGUCUGUAAACGGCUUUUAUUCACUGGAUUAACGCUCUGUGUUGUAUUAGUCUCCAGACCUUCAUCUGCCAUCGAUAUAUAUGCCGACCCUGAAGUGACCCUGCAGAACGGCACCACUGGCGUCCUCCGGUGCAGCUUCACGUCCAACGUACCCGUCAACAGUACCACGACUGUGACCUGGAGCUUCCAGUCCAGUCAGCCCGAAAGCCGGUUCUACAAAGCCCCCUAUGUUAUUUUCUACUUCUCACAAUGGAGAGGAUAUCCAGGACAAGACGAGUUUAAUGACAGGGUGCAGUUUAUCGGAGACAUCAGCAAAAGGGACGUCUCCAUACAGCUGAGUCCGGUUCAGUUCACUGACAACGGUACCUUCUUCUGUGACGUGAAGAACCCACCUGAUGUGACUGGAACCCCAGCCAGAACAGAGCUCCGGGUUGUUCUACAAGGUGAAGAUAGAAAAACUUUUCCCACUGUUAUCGUGGGAGCAGCGUGUGGCGCUGGAGUUCUGCUCCUGCUCAUCGCCAUUGCUGCCUGUGUGAUUCUGAAGGCGAUGCACAACCGCCACGACUACGAAGGAUGUGAGACCUUGGAAAGCAUGAGCUCUCAGGCUCCGCAGCCACGAAAGAAGGUGGAGUCAAAUCUGGAGGGAACCAAGGGUACCGUUCCUUCAGGUCCACUACAGGGCCCGGUGAUAUACGCCCAGUUGGAUCACUCCGGCAGCAAAAACUCCUUCCACAAGAUGGAGCCAGUGGUCUAUGCUGACAUACGUAAAAACUGAACAGGGGCUGGGGUACUAGAUUUACAAAACAAAAAACAAAAAGACAAACAAAAACAUUUAAAAAAAACAAAACAAAUAAAAACAAAAAAAGAGGUAAAACACUCGCCACCAGUAAAGUAUCAGACCUCUACCAGCUGCUCCGGGGGGGUGGGGGUGGGAGGUGGGGUUAUUUCAAACAUGAACGUCAUUGGUGCAGAUUAUAUUUUAUUAUUUUCAUCCUCCUAAGUCACGAUACUGUCAACACAACCUUUCCAUGCGCUUUAUUGUACAAAGAAGAAGAAAAAAAAACAUCAAAAUACUGCAGCCGCACCAGACUCAUCAUAAAAGAGAAUACACUUUAGUCAACUGUAUUUAUCAUUCCGGUUAUGAAAAAACGCAUCAAAACAUCACUUUACUGUAACUGUCAAUCAUUCCAUAUGUAAAUAAACAACAACAAAUAGUAAUCAUAGUGUAGCUUUGUGCUUAAAAAUAAUCUGCUGUUGCACCAGCUGAAAUCGGAUCAGAGCAGAA